GUGAGCGUUCACAUAUCUCUCAGUCCUGACUGAUUGUGGCGUAGCGUUUCAAGUUGAAACCGCAACGUAACAAUCCAAGCUCAAGCUUCACGACAUUCCUUAUGGCCCCAAAGUCGAAAGCGACAAAGCAGGGAGAUGCAGCGAGCCUCAUUUACCCUCCAUUUCUCUACCUAGGUCCCCGCACGUCCAGCUCAGCCGCAUUUAUCACCGCUCAUGGCAUCACGCACGUCCUUAGCAUCGGCUCUACCCCGACAGCGAAGGUGGCGUCCGUCUCGUACCACCGUCUGCCGCUGACAGACAGCCCAACCGCAUCCAUCGACAAGAUUAUCGGGCUGGCGAGCGCCGUCAUCGACUCAGCGAGAGCGGGCAAAAUCCUCGUGCAUUGCUCGGCGGCGGUAUCCCGCUCGCCGACGGUCGUCGCUGCGUAUUUGAUGACAAGGUGUGGGCUGUCGCUGAAGGACGCGCUGGGAUUGAUUGUCAAGGCGAGGCCGGCUGUGUGUCCGAAUGAGGGAUUCUUGUCGCAGCUGAAGGAGCUCGAGAUGGAGCUUCGUGGAGAAUGCUCGCUGGACGUGGAUAUAUUGCCUGGCAAGAAGGAAGAUCGAUUGGCUCUGUUUAACUCAUGAGGUCCUACGGGCACCGCAGGCCGUAUCUCUCUAGACGUCUCCCUGCAGAUUGCUCGCACAAGUUGAUCCGACAUAUCCCGCGGGCGACAGACCACGGUCCGGGAGCAUACCACCAGGAACGAUGCCCUGCCGUGAAUG